ACACUCCUCGGACCGCUUAGCAGUCGCUAAUAUCACGUUAAGUCGUCCAGUUGAAAUUAUUACACAAUAAUGAGUCAUUGUUCAUAACAAAGAGAUCUAGAGUUUCGUGAAUUUUUGUGUGUUAAAAUGCCGCUCGGAAAUUCAAGACCACGCCAGGACAUGCAGAGGAGCUUCUCCUUCAAUCCGCCAACUAUGUUGUCCACUUCCUCCUCGCAUUCCACAGGAUCUGCCACCAGGAAUUUCUCCGCGACUAAAAUCAGUUCUUCUUCAUCAUCAUCAACCUAUCAUAGUUACUCGUCGUCGACAUUAAAUCGUGGUGAUGUGUUCAAGAGGGCUUGGAACGACAGGAGUAGCAUAAAUAAGCCAGAUAAUUCGCCCAUUCUAAAGGAUCAUCUCACCAUUGAUCAAUCGUUUACAAAUAUGGAGAAGGAAAUACUGAAGCAGCCUUUUAAAACAACCUUGAAUGCGCCCUUAGGAACAUAUUCAAGUAAUACGACCACCUGGAGAAACUCUCCCUCUCUGACAGGAGCGACAUUUUCUGGUAAUUCGUCUAUAAGUGCACCAAGAUAUAAGUCACCGUCAAUUCCUUUUGAAGAUGCCGUGAAAGCUCAACCAAUGAAGACGUCAGCACUGAGUAGCACAAAACCUGCAUUAUUGUUGACAAAUAUUCCUAUUGGGCUGGAAAAGAAAAGCAUUAACAAUCCAGUCAGCAAUCCUGUGAGGAAACCUGUCACACCAGAAACGCCAACCAAGGCCUCAAGUGUGUAUGACAUAUCAAAGAAAGGCUUUGCGCUUAUCUUCAACAAUGAAAAAUUUGAUCAAGACCAUCAAGCAUUCAGAACCGGAAGUAGAAAUGAUGAAAAUGAACUGAAAAAAACUCUUGGGCGAUUCAACAUUGAUGUAAAGGUGGAGAGAGAUGCGAAUUUGAAUACCAUAGAGAAGAAAGUCAAAGAAAUCAGCAAAAUGGACUUCAAGAAGAAAAGUUGCCUCAUCGUUUGCGUCCUGAGUCAUGGCAAUGAAGGUCAAACUAUUUUUGCCAGGGACAGAUCAUACAAUCUCGAUAAGGACAUCAUUGAACCCAUUAUCCGGAAUGCUACUCUCGCAGGAAAGCCGAAGAUCUUCAUCGUGCAAGCCUGCAAGGGUUCCGUUCAGUCUGUGGGAUAUGUCAUGACAGACAGCACGCAGGUGAAAACGUCCUUGACGAAACCGUCCGAAGCUGACAUUCUCAUCCUGUACUCCAGCUACGAAGGCAGAGUUAGCUACAGAAUGGACGUGGGGUCGAUCUUCAUCCAGAAGCUGUGCACUUUCAUUAACAGCAAUCACAGAACGGACAGUCUUGAAGACAUCAUGAAAAAGACUCGCCGAGACAUAACAGAUCAUGCUCAAAUUAACAAAAUCUUCAAACAAACUCCAACAAUGGUUUCAACUCUCACUAAGGAUUUCUUCUUUACUGUGUGAGAAAAAGAAUUAAUGAGGAUCACAACUGCAAAAACUUAUUUAGCUUCGAAACAGUGCAUUAAUUAAAUUUUUUAUUACAUAACUAGUUUACAAAAGUCCAAUUCAAUUGAAAAAUGAAAUAUGAGAAUUAUAAGAAUCAUGUAAGGAUGCACAAUACGUAUAUCUAUUUAGGUAUGCUCUAUACUAUCAUAAUUGUUAAGUAUUUAAUUUAAUAUAUAUUAUAACACAACAAUUGUAUUUUCGCAUUACAAAUAAUUUUUUUCUGAGAA